UCUUUUGGAAUUUGGUGGUUUUCACUGAUGUCAAUAUUAAAGAGCUAAAGUAAGGCACCCCAGCUUUUAUGAUCCUGUUGAUUGUUGCUGCGCAGAGAGGGAAUUCCAGGAAAGGCAACUCCCAGUCAGUGGCUGAAAUCAAAACCGAAACUAAGGCUGUGGGUGAAACACUUCAGAGAGAGGCAGUGAUGGCAGCCAGCGGGCUUUUCUCGGGGCUCUGCGCUGAAGUGACAUGUCCCAUCUGUCGAGAUUACUUUGAAGAUCCUGUGAUGACAGAGUGUGGGCACAAUUUCUGCCACACCUGCCUCGCACGGUGCGGUGUGGAGCCCAAAGGACCUGUUUCUUGCCCUCAGUGCAGGACGCAGAUCCAGAAGAGGAACUUCAGGUCAAACAGGCACCUGGCGAGUAUUGUGGAGCUUGUCAAGACCCUUCCAGAGGGGGAGGACAGAGAAGAUGGCCAGAGAGUGUGUGUGAGGCACCAGGAGCCCCUGAAACUCUUCUGCAAGGACGAUGAAGCCCUCAUCUGUGUGGUCUGUGACAGGUCCAUGGAUCACCAAGGCCACAAAGUGCUUCCUGCAGAUGAGGCGUCUCAAGAGUACAAAAGAAAAAUCAAGACCAGUCUGGUGUCUCUGGAGAAGGAGAGGAAGAAGCUUAUGGAUCAGAAGUUGGUGAAGGAGCUUAGAAUGGAGGAACGCCUGGAACAGUUAGAACAGGAGAAGCUGAAGAUCCGCUCCGCCUUUGAGGGCAUCAUUACCUUUUUUGUGGAGAAAGGGGAGCUUUGGCUUGGUCAGCUGGACGAUCUGGAGGAGGAGAUGAAGAAGAGGCAGGAAGAGAGCCUCUGCAAACUCUCCGAAGAGAUUUCCCAGCUCAGUCAGCUGAUCUCAGAGAUGGAGGAGAAGUGCCUGCAGCCAGCAAGCGAAUUCCUUCAGGACAUCAGAAAUGCCUCAAGCAGGUGUGAGAAGAAUGUAAUGGAGGACGCCAUGGACCUUUCUCCGUGGCUGGAAGUGACUCUCAGAUUUACCUCCUUGAAAAGUUCUGCUUUAGAAAAGUCGGUGAAGAACUAUCAAGAGUCUCUGGACCAAGCCCUGAAUAUGUGCAACUUGGACCACAUUCUGAACAAGGUGAAAAUGCUCAGAAUCAAGAAGGACAUCACCCCUCUGAGUUUGGAUAAUGAACCUCUGAAGAUGACCGCAAAGUUCUGGCAUAAUCGAAUGAUAGAAGACAGUCUCCCAGGUUCUCAGGAGCCAACCCUGGAAAAAGUUGGCGUCACCCUGGAUGCAGACUCGGCACACCCUGAACUCGUUCUGUCCGUGGAUCAGAAGCAAGUGAAAUGGGAAAUGGAGCCUCAGGACCUGCCCGGCUCCCCCAGGAGAUUUGACACCAUGCUCUACGCGCUGGGCAGUCAGAGGUUCACUUCGGGAAGACACUGGUGGGAGGUGGAGGUGCAGGAGACGGGGCCCUGGGAACACCUGUGGGGGCAGCCAGUGUGGGCUGUUGGGGUGGCAAGAAGCACUGUUCCGAGGAAGGGGUACGUCGGCCUUAGUCCUCACGAGGGGAUCUGGGCCGUGGGGAAGACGCACAGUGACUUCUCCGCACCUUGUCAGCUCUCGGCUUUUACUUCCCCUGAGCCAACCCCCUUGACCUUGAGGCAGAAAGUCAGGAAGAUCCGUGUGGCCCUGGAUUAUGAAGAGGACUGGGUGGAUUUCUUUGAUGCUGAUUCAGAUGACUUAAUCUUCACUUUCCACUCUGGUUCAUUCUCCGGGGAGGAAGUGCAACCGUUUUUCUACACAGCGGGGUGGGAUGGCAGCCUGGCGUGCUGAACCUGAGGAGUCCUGCCGCCAGACGUACACACAUUUCCACUACUUGGGAAGGAAGCAGCUUUCUGGAACUCCCUUUGUGGCUGCGUAAGAAUGAAGCUAGAGCAGGCUUCAAUCCUAUGCUUGUUUAGCUAGAAAAAAGGCCUAUUACUCUCAGCAAGGAUAGCUUUGCAUAUGCUGAUCUGCAUAUGGCAGGCAUGUCAUAAGUGGAGCUGGCUGGAGCUGUGGGGGUGGGGGGUGUCAGAUCAGAUGGCCAGGGAGACCCCUUCUGUCUUGCUCUGUUUCUGUGUUUCUAAAGUGUGUGUGUGUGUGUGUAUUUAAAGGAUCCAGUCUCCUAAAGAAACCCCAUUUGUAAAAGGGUCUUUGCUUUCAGGGGAAAAAGAACACAGACACACAGACACAGACACAGACACACACACA